AUGGACUAUGACCGCUUCUCAUCAGACGACCCUAUCGGAGAAAUUUUAUUGCCGAUGAAAAAUGUUAAAUUCGAAAAUAGCCCGGUAUAUUGGAAACAUUUACAACGCCCUACAGUAUCCAGAGAACUAUGCGGUGAAUUAAUGUUAUCAUUGUGUUACCUCCCUGAAUUGAACAAAAUCACUGUCAGUGUGAUAAAAGCUAGAGAUCUCAAGGCCAAAGACAAGAUGGGAAGCUCUGAUCCAUAUGUAAAGCUGUGGUUGGUACAACAAGGAAAUAAACUUGAAAAAAGAAAAACUUCGGUGAAACCACAAACAUUGGCCCCAUUAUUUAACGAAUCAUUUGCUUUCACCGUUCCAUCAAAGGACGUUCUCGAGAAGGAUGUGAAUCUUGUAGUUACGGUAAUGGAUUAUGAUUUAUUAUCCAGUAACGACGAAAUUGGUCAUACCAUCAUUGGUCCGUUAGGAAGUGAAACGGGUGCCCGUCAUUGGAAAGAAGUAAUUGAUCAUCCUGAAACCCCCUUUGCUCUAUGGCAUCAACUAUCUCCACGAUGGUGA